GUGAGAGACAGAGCGAGGCGAGCGCCGAUUGGGUGGCUCGGCCCAGAAGGGCAGGACCAACGUGUCCGGACAAAACCCUGACCCUCGGAAUUCAGAGUCCGGAGUCCGUGGGAAUCCGGUGGCGAAAAGUCCCAGGACCUGUUGGAGAGGGGAGCCGGUUCGAAUCUGAGACCUUCCGGGAAAUGGCAGCAGCCAGAGCUGGCCUGGGCCGGAUCCACCCGGAGUCCUCCAUCCUGUUCCUGUGUGACAUGCAGGAGAAACUUCAAGACAAAGACGUCUACUUUCCACAGAUUGUGUCUAUGGCUGCUCGAAUUCUUAUUAAGGUGGCCCGUCUGCUGGGUGUCCCCGCUGUGCUGACAGAGCAGUACCCACAAGGCCUGGGCCCCACAGUUCCCGAGCUGGGGGCUCAGGGCCUGCGUCCAGUGAGCAAAACCUGCUUCAGCAUGGUGCCCUCCUUGUAGCAGGAACUGGACAGCUGGCCCCAGCUGCGGUCUGUGCUGCUCUGUGGCCUUGAGACUCAAGGCUGCAUCUUGCACAUGGUCCUGGAUCUCCAGCUACAGGUCCACGUGGCGGAUGUCCGCUCUUCUCGAAGUGAGUUGAACCGCAUGGUGGCGCUUGCCCGAAUGCAACAGAGUGGCAUCUUCCUCUCCACCAGCAAGGUGCUGAUUUUGCAGCUUGUAAAGCACACUGCCCACCCACAGUUCAAAGAGAUACAGAAGAUCAUUAAAGAGCCAGCUCCAGACUUCGGACUGCUGGGCUUCUCCCCAGGCGAGACCAACCCCCUGGUGCUGAACUCCAGACCCUGACUUGAGGGGGGACUCACUCUCCUGUCACCUAAACAUCAGUGAAACGGUUCACCCGACACACACACAUAUUCCUGGAUCCCAAGAGUGGUGCAGUCCACCAGGAGUACCGCCCCCAUGGGAGGGGAGACGUCGUUCUGCCUCCCGAUUGGACAGGUAGUUCCGGAAAUGCAAAUAGAACUCUGGGUGCAAGGCGAGAAUUGGCUGAUGUUGAGGUAGAGGAGGGGCUGGGCCCCGGGCCACUUCACGGAGUUGGAAAGGGAGGGGGAAGGAAUGUUAUAGACUGGGACCCGGACUCAGAAUAAACAUUGAUGUGGCGGUGGACCGAACCAUUAUUGGGUUUGGGGCACAUCAAAGGGGGCUCCAGGGGUCUGCAGGCAGAAGAAAGGGGGAGGGGGCGUCUCCUGCAGGUGGGGACGGGGAGGUGCCUCGUCUCAGCUCCGAGCCUGCGGGAGACACUGGUCAUCACCACAUCUGCACGGAAGCCGGUGCGCAUCUGCACGAGAAAGCACUGCCGGCCAGGGUCCCCGCCACGCUGCCUGCCGCCCCCACCCCCGUCGGCGCGCGCACGCCCAGCCCCGCUGGCUG